AUGCUUUAUCUAGCCCCUCUAUUCCGGCUCGGAAGUGCAAAGGCCAGGUUUGGAUACGCAGACGAUGCAGCUAUCCUAGCAAUUUCUCUAUCCUUAGAGGCUAACUGCCGAAGCCUGUCAACCUCCCUGCAGGAAGCCCUCGACUGGGGUACUACGGAAGGAAUCACCUUCGCGCCUGACAAAUAUGAACUGAUCCACUUCUCGCGCCGUCAGGAUAACCAGGAUCCUAGCUGCACACUAGACGUCACGGCAGGCCCGAUCACAGUCUCUGAGAAUACAAACCGCCCUUACCUGCGUUGGUUAGGAGUCCUCUUCGACAAGAAACUCAGCUUUAAGUAUUAUGUCGGUGAGACAACCUCGAAGGCCUUGAUAGUUGCAAAUGCCCUCCGCGGCCUUAGGAACACUAUACGCGGGAUCAAGCCCUACCUUAUACGGCAGGCUGUGACAGCCUGUGUACUCCGAAAAGCCUACUUUGGAGCGGAAACCUGGUAG